CCGUAUUUAUUUAUACCAUAAGGUCAACCACUUUUUAACAUUGUGGACAAUAAAGCAGAAUGUUUAUUUGACGAAGAUGUAGAUCUUAACGAUCAUUAACUGUGGUUCCACUGUAUAAUAAACUCUGCCUUGAAUGAGUAAGAUCAUAUUUGUAAAUACCAGGGAUAGAGAAUGUCUUAUCCAUCAAGACUAUUAGAAUUGCUGCUUGUGGUAUUCCUGUGUGAUGGAUUGUUUACUAAUCAUCAAGUACAUGCAAUAAACAAAGUGGUUCAUUUUACUGAUGAGGACUGUGAUGAAUACAGACACUACCUAAAAUCAGAAGAUGAUCAGUAUGAAGUGCAUUGGGAUGGGGAACCUUAUCCUAGUUUUUGUAGUCUAAGAUUUAAACUAAUGACCGGAGGUGAUACAUACAAGAUAUGUGCUAAAAUAACAACUCUAGAUUUACCGUGUAAAGGCCCUAAACUUGCAUACUAUUAUGCAUCAGAUAAAAAGAGUUACACCUGUACUGAUUCGCCACCAGUGAAUGAAUAUUGUGAUGAUCUUUUUAUAUAUAUGAAGUUAGCCCCUUAUGAAAUUGCUAACACAGAAUAUUAUGCUUCAAAAGUAAGAAUAACCAUUACAGCUACACUAAUAAGCAGAUAUGGUGAAGAUUCAAAUGAAGGUACUGGUAUAGCAGUAGGAGUAUGUUUUGGUAUUGCAAUGAUUGUGUUUUUGGUGAUUGUCUUUUACUGUGUAUAUAAAAGGCGGCAAGCUGCAUUGAGACAAUUGGAACAAUCUGGAGGAGUUGUUGUUCUUGGAAGACAAGGAAAUAUGGUUAUAAUGGCAGCUCCUGUUACAUAUGCAAAUAAUGAUGUAUCUGUUCCUUUUCAGGAUCAACCAAUGGUACAACAAUUCUCUGAUAAUCAAAGGACACACUCUGGAAAUUCAGAUUUCCAAGAUUCAAAUGUGCAAAAUAGUUUACAUGACAAUCAUCAACAAUCAGCCCCACCGCCAUCCUACAGAGAGGUGACAGGUUACAAAUAAAGUAUUUUCUGGUGUCAACCCUGGGAAGCAGUAACUCUUUCUUUAUAUUUGAUCAGUUUACUGGACCCCACAGUGAUAUGUUAUUAUUUGGGGAACAAAUUGAGUACUCUAAGUAAUAGACAAGUAAAAAUUGUUGGAUGUUAGUUUCGUGUAAGAAUAUAUAUACACCAAUCUGGAGUUCUUUUAUGAAUGAGGUAUCCACUGUUUAACCUGAGGUCACUCAGGGAGAAGUCUGUUCUGACAUUAUAACAUACUGAUUGUGACUUAAGAAGUGUACAGGGAAAAGCACUAAUUUGAAAGUUGUUGAUAAUGGAGGAAACAAUCUGAUAAUUUUGUAGGGCAUUAUGCAUAUUUAGAUUUUAUAUUUCACUUGAUUUAUUUAUUUAAAAUUAACCAAUGUAUGCAAUCAAUUGUAUUGUAAUUUUUUAUUUCAUCUGCUUGACUUUGCACAUGUUUACUGUAUAAGUAUAAGUAGGAAAGUCUGUUGGCAGGUGAAAUCUAUUUUUAGUUUUAUCCACCAUGUUUCCCGUACAAAUUAAUUGUUUUUGAUUUGAAGUAGAUUUCAGUCACAAUACUUUUUAUCCUUGUUCUUGAGGUUCAUUUUUUGGUAUUUUUUUUUUUAUAAAUAACAUCUUUAUGGCAAGCUCUUUCACAAUUUAUUCUUAUAUAAUUUUCUUUUUAAGAUAUCUUAUAAAUUAUAUGGGAUAUCUUAUAAACUAUAUAAGAAACCUUAUAAACUAUAUGUGAUAUCUUAUAAAAUAUACAAGAUAUCUUACAUAAAAAACAUUUAUAAGACAACUCAUAAACGUGUAAAAAUCAGUUGAAAAUGUCUUAUUAUUCUAGACAUGUGACUCUAGGGGAUUGGCAAAAGAAAUGUACAUUAUUUAAUCAAAUUAAAGUUGUAGUCUAAUAUUAUGAAGAUUUGUUUUUAUAACUGUGAUAGCUAUGUUAACAUUAUUUAAUAUUGAAUACCAUGGAUGUGUAUAUUUGUUUACUUUAGUGUGAUAAAAAUGUUGGUAUAUAUACUGUGAAUUGUUUCUUUUUCUACAAAUAUUGAAAAAAUUUCGUUCGUUGUCGACGUCCGAAGAUAUUUGGUUUUUGCACUAUAACUUUAGUAUAAGAAAAUAGAAAUCUAUGAAAUUUAAACACAAGGUUUAUGACCAUAAAAGGAAGGUUGAGAUUGAUUUGAGGAGUUUUGGUCCCAACAGUUUAGGAAUUAGGGGCCAAAAAAAGGUCCAAAAUAAGCAUUUUCUUGGUUUUUGCACAAUAACUUUAGUAAAAGUAAAUAGAAAUUUAUGAAAUUUUACCACAAGGUUUAUGACGUCAAAAGGAAGGUUGGGAUUGAUAUUGGGAGUUUUGGUCCCAACAGUUUAGGAAUUAGGGGCCAAAAGGGUCCAAAAUUAAACUUUGUUUGAUUUCAAUUCUUGGGGUUUUUUGAUAUGCCAAAUUUAAUUGUGUAUUUAGAUUCUUAAUUUUUGGUCCUGUUUUCAAAUUGGUCUACAUUAAAGUCCAAAGGGUCCAAAAUUAAACUUAGUUUGAUUUGAACAAAAAUUGAAUUUUUGGGGUUCUUUGAUAUGCUGAAUCUAAACAUGUACUGAGAAUUUUGAUUAUGGACCCAGUUUUCAAGUUGGUCAAAAUCAGGGUCCAAAAUUAAACUUUUUUGUUUGAUUUCAAUAAAAAUGAAUAUAUGGGUUUCUUCAAUAUGCUAAAUCUUACCAUGGAAGUAAUAUCCGCUUUUAACCGGAAAACACUUUUAGAACAGUUUAAAACAAACGGUAAAAAGCAAAAAUAAGCUAAAUUAAAUACAAUUUUCCAUGUUAAACUGCUGUAGUUUGAACAAUUUUCGUCCGUUUUUCAAGUUUUUUACGUCAUACGACUUCUUUUGGAAGGUAGAUGUUUUAUAUGAUACAGCGCCACCUUCUUAUUAAUAAACCGCGGAUGUCACACAGGUACUUUAUAAUUAACGGACUCGAUAAAACCAUGUGACUGAUAAGAAAUUCCAGAUGCCAUUUUACAACCGCGGUAACGCAGAUAGUAACCAAAGGGGUCUUACCGCUGAGACUAUAAUUGGAUAAAAUUGUAUGACUUUAGUACAGAGCUCAGCAUGCUAUAAAUACAUGCUAAUUAGUCGUUGUUAUUCCUUCUAAAUAUUACUACCAUGAUCUUACCUAAAAGGUAAUUGUCCAAUUCAAAUUUUUUAAGUUUUUAAGUUUAAGUUCUUAACCCACAUUUAUUCUGUCUCAGAAACCUAUGUUGUGUCAACUAUUUAAUCACAAUCCAAAUUCGGUGCUGUAUCAAGCUUAAAUGUUGUGUCCAUACUUGCCCCAACUGUUCAGGCUUUGACCUCUGCGGUUGUAUAAAGCUGCACCAUGCGGAGCAUCUGGUUUAUAUAUUUAUCUAGAACCAUUAUACUAUAUCAGCAUAUUAUUAUAGUUCACAUUAAAAUACCAGAUUUUUAUUGGCUAAUAGGAGGAAAAUAAUUUACUCUAUUCCAUGGAUGAACGGGAGACAUUU